UACGCGAGCCAACGUGCCGCCGACUCAGUGCAAGGCAUGCGAUUAACAUGGUCACACAAACGGUACUGUCGUCAACGUGCGCAGCAUUCGACGACGAAUUCGUCAUCGGCGAAUACCACUUCGACACGUGUGUUCCGCACAAGACAAAUGAACGGCACACGAGCUUUGAUGACGCUGAUUUUAAUGAUAACUGCCACCAACUCGGUGCGGUCGUGGACAUGCCCUUCGGACUGUAUCUGUUUAUCGCACACGCAAAUACUCUGCAACUCCGGACACCUGACGUUCGUGCCGCUGCGCGACCUACCCAAGACCGUCGAACACCUGUCGAUGACCAAAAAUAACCUGACGUACCUGCCCACUGACGCUUUCACCGGUCUCCGGCACUUGCGGAAGCUGACAUUGGACACCAACGGCAUACGCCGGGUGGAUCGGUUCGCUUUCCGCGGGCUCGGCCGGCUCCGGGAACUAUCCAUCCAGCACACGCCGCUCGAGUCGCUUGAGAAGUUUUCGUUCGCCGGCCUCCAGAACGUGACGGCCAUUCUGUUGGGAUACAACCAGAUAAGCGUCAUACACGAGUUCGCGUUUGCCGGCACCGCCAACAUCAGGCUCAUACUGCUCAACAACAAUCCGUUGCACACGGUAUCGGCCAAUGCAUUUUCCGGUCUAACCAACGUUGAGCACCUCAUCCUGCCGUCGGGCAUCCAGCAGCUACAGCCCGAUGCAUUCAACGGUCUGGACUCGGUGGGUCUACUGAAGCUGUCCUUCAUGGACCUGACGUCGCUGAAGCCGCACACGUUCCGUGGUCUCAGCCACGUGCACGUGUUGUCCAUCCAGGACUCAGACCUGGGCGUAAUCAGGGCGGACGCGUUCACGGGCCUAGCGCACGUCGGCAGUCUCAACCUGUUGAACAACAAGAUCGACGCGGUGCAGAGCCUGACCGUGGCCCGGGAAAACCGCAUCCGGCACUUCCGGUUCAACGGCAACCACGUGCUGGACAGCCCACGGCGGGGCACGUUCUCCGGGCUCGCUUCCGCUGCCUCCGACGGGUUCACCGUGGUCGGCAACCAUUUCCCGUGCGACUGUCACCUGUUCCGGUUCCUGGACGGCCACCCGUUCGGCAACGCGUCCCGAGACCUUUUCACCGGCAAGAACUAUUGCAUUUCGCCACUGGAGCUCAACGGACAGCCCGUCGCUGUCGUUGAUCCCGCGGUCGUUGACAAGUGCCUGCAGACGUCGGUGGCCGCCCCUCCGAGGACUCAAGCCGGCGUUACCACGACUGCGGUCUUGGUUGCGGCGGUGGUCCUCACGUCGACCGGUUCAUUCUUGCAUGACUUAGCGGUGUGAUUCAGUUGAAGGACUUUCCUAGCCGUCUAUUACAGUCGAAAAUUGUCCAUCGAAUACUGUUGAUAUAUUUUAAUUUUAAUUUAUAAAUAUCAUUAUAAAUAUUGUUAUAACUUAGACGUAUCGUCGUCCAGUGCCAACUGCUAAAGCCAAAAGAAUUUUUUUUUAAAUAUAAUAUUGUGUAUAAUUAUCAGGCGAUCCUCAAGAGUUGCGUUUAACACCGUUGGGCGUAAUGUACCUUCACGUCAUGUGGUUUCAAGCGAAUUUGAAUCGAUAACUAGGUAAUGUUUUUUUUCCUUAUCAAUGCCAUUAUUUAUUAUUUCAAUGUGUAAAUAAUAAUGAUAUUAUAUUGCAGUCACGUGUUUAUUUGAUUGAGUGUUUAGGACAAAUGUAUUUUCGUCACAUAUCAGUUUACAUAUCCUCGAAAAAAAUCUUUUUUUCUAUAAAUCUAAACAUAACUUACGGACUUUGAUACUAAGUACAUUUUAGUUACAUUUUCGAAGCGUUCGAUAUAUUGUUAGCUAUAUUGUAAACAUUAUUAUUUCACGUUUUUCAAAUAAAUUUCAAACUGAAAUAUGUUUUCGAUUACGAAAAUAUUAUUCAUUAUGUCUUUGUUGAGCAUCGUGUAAUCCAAUAUUAUUGUUUCCCCGAAAAGUUUAAUAUUUGGAGUCAACAAAAUGGCAUUAAAUAGAUUUUAUUUUACUUGUAUUUAAAUAAUUAUUCUCAUUUCAGAUCAAAAGGCAAAGUUUAAUAUUAAGUAUAUAUGUUUAUUAUUUUUUUUCCACGAAAAGUGUUAAAUCGUUAUUAUUUAUUAGUAUCAUUACAUUUUUUUUUACUGCAAUAUUUUGUAAUAAUAAAAAAAAAUAUUUUCUUCUUUGUAGUUUAUUUUAAUCAAUGAGUACCUAGCAAAUAUAAAAAUGUAUAGUAAUUAUACUGUAAUUUCCGUAAGCUAUCGUCGUUAAUCAUUAUAAUAUAUGUUAUCAUCAUUUUAGCAUAAAACAUAAUAUAUUAUAGCAUUAUUACAUUUAUAUAUUAUAUUCGAGUAUCAUAAUGUUGUUUAUUAUUAUUACGCAUUAAAAAAAAAAAAUAGUUAUGUUAUAAUUAUAAUAAAUAUCGUCAAAUAUUGUAACUAUAUUGUUUAAUUUAUACAUUAUAGUAACAUAAUAUAUAAUAAAAAAAACCUCUCACUAUGAA